AUGGGGGUGUGGCUGCUGUGGUGGUUGGCGGACACAGCUGCUAGCUGUCCCAGGAGUGGUGGGUGGGAGCCGCCGGUGCGGCACCACGGCUCGCGCCACCACCACGAGCACCACUGGGGGCCGCGCUUCGAGCUGGAGGACGGCGGCGCCGCGCUGGGCCCGCGCGCCGUGGCCGUGCCGCUGGGCGGGACCGCGCUGCUCGACUGCCGCGUCGCCAUGCUGCGCGACAAGACGGUGGCGUGGCUGCGGCUGCUGUCGGACCGCGUGAGCCUGCUGACGGUGGGCGACAGCGCGUACAGCGCCGACCCGCGGCUGUCGGUGCGCUUCCAGUACCCCAACAACUGGCGGCUGGCCAUCGAGCCGGUGCGGCGCCAGGACGAGGGCGCCUACCUGUGCCAGGUGGCCACGCACCCGCCGCGACUCCUCGCCGUCAACCUCACCGUCAUCGCUCCCGACCUGGAGAUCGUGGACGAGUCGGGGCGGUCGGCGCGCGAGCGCUACUACCAGACGGGCAGCGCCGUCGAGCUGUGGUGCAGGGUGCUGGGCGACACUCAGCCGCCGUCCAGGCGCGCCCUCUGGACCAAGGACGGCCGGCCGCUGCCGCUGGGCGCCGCCGCCGACGACAUACCGGAGGGCGAGUCGCUGAGCCGGCUGCGGCUGCCGUUCGCCGACAAGAGCCACUCGGGAGAGUACACGUGCUCGCUGGGACACGGCUCCGACGCCAGCGUCCACGUCCACGUCCUCAACGGCGAGACGCAGGCGGCGGUGCACCACGAAACGUGGGGCGCAGCGGGGCGCCCCCUGCAGCCGGGGGCGGCAAAACCUGAUGGUGGCAGUUCAGCCGAAUUAGCAUGA